GUCUCUCUUCUCUGUAUAAUCAAAUCCUCCAUAACCAAGAACAAAGCAAACAAAAAAACCUUCAAACUCUCCUAAUCUCACGAGAACAGCACAAGAUUACAGAAACCAAAGGAUCAUCAACUAAAAUAGAAAUGAUGAGCCCAUGUAGAUCUUCAUGUUCUUUGCCAAGAAAAUCAAGAAAAUCAAGCAAGAACCCUUAUUCAAAUCGUGGACUUGACAAAUUUUCUAAGCUUCUCUCAGAGCUCGACGAGAAGAGACAGAGCAUCUACUCCAAGAAGCUCGAUUCUGGAGGCCCGCCUCUUGUCCGAUUCGUGUUCACAAGCUCCGGCGAGUGUGUCCCCGUCGUGAUAAGAUCAUCCUAUCUUCAUAAACAGAAGAAGACCAAAGAUGUUGCUCCUGCUGCUAAAGUCAAAACAGUGGUCAACGAAUCGAAAACAGAGGAAACGAAGAAAACAGAGCUCGAAACAGAGGAGAAACAGAGCUGCGUUUUGAACGAGAAUCUGAAGAAGAUCGUUUUGAACGAGAAUCUGAAGAAGAUCACGAGACCGAACCGGUUCUUGCCCUUGACUGUGUUGUUGGUUCUUGUUUUAUUGGUUUUAUUUGGAAGAUCUGUUGCGAUUAUGUUCACUUGUAUUGCUUGGUACUUGGUUCCAACGAUCAAGGAGCAGAGCGGAAGCAGAGGAUCUUCCUCAUACGCCAUGAAGAAGAAAGAUUUCGCUAGGAAAUUGAGUAUUGAAACAAGAGCAUCUUUUAAUCCAAGAACUGUUCGUGACCAUUCUCCUCGCAAGUAGAAUUUUCGUUUUCUGGCUGCUCGUGAAAAAACCGCGUGACCGAGCAAAAAACGUUCUUUGGUUUAUUUCCUUGUGACGUUGUUUCUUGUCUGUUUCUUUCAUAGUUGUUAAUUUUGAGACAGCUGAAUCAGCAGAAAAUUGUGUAUCUUUCUCUCUUCUUUAGAACUCGUAUGUUUAUAGGUGUGCAUAUGCAAUUAGACAAUGUUCUUUAUUACAUAUAUCUCCUGCCUAGUAGAAACAUAGCUUGAACAUC